AUGAACAAUUGCAAUAUACAACAUUUGAAGUGCAAGAAAUGUAGACAAGUUAUUUUGGAUAAAGAUCAGUGUACUGCUUUGAUUAAUGCCCACAACGAUAAGGAUUAUCAAGGUGAUUGCGUGUCAGUUACAGAAGAAACAUUAAUCUUUGUUGAUGAAUCUUGUCUACCAGAGUGGAUAAAACCUCUGUUGAAGAAGAACAGUGGGCAAAAGAGGUUUAAAUUUUGUGGAGAUGCUGAUUGUCCUGAUUGGGUUCUGGCUUCCAUCAACAAUCUCUCAAAACUUUCAUCAGUGAAGCUUAAACAGCUCACCAAUGUAGUUGCUAAGGGUUGAGCACCAGCACUUAUGAUGGCAAAUGCUGAGAAAUUAUUCUCAGACUCAAAACUUGAUCCCACUAUUUCUUUGAAAGCAUGUAUAGCUUGUAUACAGUAUAUUUUAUAUUCAACUGUGAGGUAUAAUUGUGAUCAUAAUGCACUGAACAGUGAAUUACAACAGUUGGGUUUACCUCGCGAGCAUUCCACGGCAAUAAAGAAGGUUAUUGAUGAUCAAGCACAGGAAAUCCAUUCUAUACUAAAGUCAUCUUCUUUGAAGAUUAAUCCAUUACAAGAUUUUUCGCUAUCAAUCGAUGAUGAAACAAACUGCGCCAAAAUGCAGCUGACAAUCAAUGGGAAUACACGGAAUGUUAUUAUGACUCCACACACUGUUGAUGUUUUGUUGGAUAAUUUGAAGAGAGUGCAACAAACUAUGGUCGAACUGAAUACCGCGCCUAAUCCUCUAAGUUGAAAUAUAUAUUACUUUAUAAAUAUUUGGGAAAUAUUUGUAUGAAUAAACAAAUAACACUUUUAAA